UCCUUCAUAUGUCUUUCCAGGGGAAGAAUCGCUGCUGUGAGCGACAGAGAAAGCGCACGACAAACACGCUACUUCGCAGCAGUUUACCUCGGUGUGACUCGUAAAUCUCCGUGCGUCGCGAGACACCCGCCCGAGCUUAUGAAUGAAAAACUUCCCAAAGAGCAAAGACCUGGAAGUUUUCUGACUGGUUAUCUACGCACCUGGACCAAAACCUAUUGUUUGGUUCAACUGGUUUAAACGCGACUCGCUACUUUUUGCAAAAAACCAGGCGAGCUGCACGAGAGAAAUCUGACUGAGUGGCUUGUUUUGAUUCAAUUCAGCGUGGGAUAUUUUCUACAGAGAUCGCUUGUUUUGGAGUAAUGCUUCACAAACCUAAAUAACUCCCACAAAGAAGCGCCACUUCAACAACCCAGUGCUCAUAAUACCAUUCAGAGGGAUGGAGGCGUGACUAGGGUCCCGAGGAAAGACAAGUGUCAAGUGGCGUUUCUAAGAGGGGCAUAGCAUUAACAGAUGUGUUUCACACCACCGGGAUGGCCUUUUCCACACCUAUUCAGGGCCCAGCUGCUGUCGGGUGAGGGGUCGAGAGGUAGCUGUAUGCUGCCAGUGUUGAUGGGCCAGUACUGCCCACAGCUGUGUGAAUGAACUGUUUCGGCCCACCCUCCUCGCCCAGCUGCCCUGGCAUGGCUUCUCUCAGGAAGAUGAAGUCAUGGCGUUUGCUUCUCCUGUGGGUUAUUCUAGCUCAGUUCCCCUUGGCCCACGCACGUCCCGCAGUAACCGAACAAGGUCAUGCAGAACCGUCUUCUGAGGAUGAGGACGACGAUGAGUCAUCGUCAGAGGAGAACAAGCCGUCAAGUAGCCAGGAGCUCUUACCGAUGGCGCCUCAUUGGGCCCAGCCUGAAAAGAUGGAGAAGAAGCUUCAUGCCGUACCGGCCAGCAAAACUGUGAAAUUCCGAUGUCAGGCCGAGGGAAACCCGAUGCCGAAACUACGCUGGCUCAAGAAUGGAAAAGAGUUCAAAAGAGACCAGCGCAUCGGGGGCUACAAGCUGCGGGAACACAUGUGGACCAUAAUCAUGGAGUCUGUGGUGCCCUCAGACAAGGGCAACUACACAUGCCUUGUGGAGAACGAAUACGGAAGCAUCAAUCACACCUAUCAGCUGGAUGUAGUGGAGCGAUCGCCUCACAGGCCCAUCCUGUACGCUGGUCUUCCUGCAAACCGAACGGCUGUGGUCGGCAGUGAUGUAGAGUUCGUCUGCAAGGUCUUCAGUGAUCCCCAGCCUCACAUUCAGUGGCUCAAACACAUACAUGUGAACGGAAGCAAACUGGGACCUGAUGGACUCCCUUACGUACGCGUCCUAAAGCACUCGGGGGUCAAUAGCUCGGACACCCAGGUGCUGACGCUCUACAAUAUCACAGAAGAAGAGGGCGGCGAGUAUAUAUGCAAAGUGUCCAAUUAUAUAGGAGAAGCCAAUCAGUCAGCCUGGUUAACUGUCCUUAGACUUGACAUGCAAGCCCCCACCACUCCCUCUGCAGUCCCCAGUCAGUCCUACCUGGAGGUGCUGAUCUACUGCGUCGGAUUCUUCCUCAUAUUCCUCAUGGUAGGAAUUGCCACCAUCGUCAAAGUCCGCAGCUCCUCCAAGAAGAGCAACUUCAACAGCCAGCUGGCCGUCCAUAAGCUGGCCAAAAGCAUUCCUCUCCGCAGACAGGUGUCGGUGGAAUCCAGUUCCUCUCUGAACUCUGGUGUGAUGUUGGUCCGACCUUCACGACUCUCCUCCAGCGGGUCGCCCAUGCUGUCAGGGGUGUCCGAGUACGAGCUGCCCCAGGACCCGUGCUGGGAGGUGCCCCGAGAGAGGCUAGUACUUGGGAAACCUCUGGGAGAGGGCUGCUUUGGCCAGGUGGUGAUGGGCGAAGCCAUUGGAGUGGACAAAGACAAGCCCAACCGCAUAACUAAAGUCGCCGUGAAGAUGCUGAAAUCUGACGCCACUGAGAAGGACCUAUCUGACCUCAUCUCAGAGAUGGAGAUGAUGAAGAUGAUUGGAAAACACAAGAACAUCAUCAACCUGCUCGGAGCUUGUACCCAGGAUGGCCCUCUUUAUGUCAUCGUGGAAUACGCCUCUAAAGGAAACCUGCGGGAAUAUCUGCGUGCCCGCCGGCCACAUGGCAUGGAGUACUGUUACAAUCCUGACCAGGUGCCCGUGGAGAGCAUGUCCAUUAAAGACUUGGUCUCCUGUGCCUACCAGGUGGCUCGUGGCAUGGAGUACCUGGCGUCCAAAAAGUGCAUCCACAGAGACUUGGCAGCACGCAAUGUACUUGUAACAGAGGACAAUGUAAUGAAGAUAGCAGACUUCGGUCUGGCCCGGGACGUUCAUCACAUAGAUUACUACAAGAAGACAACAAAUGGCCGCCUGCCUGUCAAAUGGAUGGCACCUGAGGCUUUGUUUGACAGGAUUUACACGCAUCAGAGUGACGUAUGGUCUUUUGGUGUUCUUCUGUGGGAGAUCUUCACUCUGGGGGGCUCGCCGUAUCCAGGAGUGCCUGUGGAAGAGCUCUUCAAGUUACUACGAGAAGGUCAUCGCAUGGACAGACCCUCAGCCUGCACUCAGGAGAUGUACCUGAUGAUGAAAGACUGCUGGCAUGCGGUUCCCACACAUAGGCCAACUUUUAAACAGCUUGUAGAAGACCUUGAUCGCACUCUGUCCAUGAUAUCCAAUCAGGAGUAUCUGGACCUCUCCGUUCCCCUGGAGCCCAUGUACUCUCAGGUCAUCCUGAAUGAACGGAGUUCCACCUGCUCCUCCGAGCAGGACUCAGUGUUUUUAAGAGAGUCUGGACCUGAAGAACCCUGUAUCCCUCUGACAGUUCCCCCACAACAAACUGUACGAUCCUUCACAAAACGCUGACAGUAGAGAACACCUGGACCUCCAUGUUCAUAGAGGAUCUCUCUACAUCUUUCUGCUUCUUUUGACUCAUCACCUCCGCAGGCUCAGAGACUGAGGAGUUCAGCCUGGGCCGUUCUAGCACAGAAACACAAGCAGGAGGACCAGCACACUCUCUAAAAACAAGACAGAUCACAACAGAGAGGGAACGAUCAAACUUUUUGUCCAUCAAUUGUCCUUCAGUGGGAUCGAUCCUCACAAAUAAGAUGCUCGCAAAGCAUCACAGAAGGAUAAAAUGGUCAUCAAUGCCAACAAAGUCAAUGGGGUGGAGAAAUAAUUUCAAGUAAAUGUAGUGAAAUUGUACAAACAUGAAAUUAUAUAAACACUGUUUUUAUAUUACUAUUAUAAUUAUUAUGAUUGUUGUACGAGUUAUCCGCUUUUAUGUUCAAACAUGGUGACAUUUUGUCAUUGCUUGGAUUCUAUUUCUGCAGCAAUGAAAUCUCAUUGGUCAAAAAUAAUAGGAUAUUUUAUUAAUAAUGAAGUGUGUAAUUUUGUUGUUUAGAUGUUCAGAUACUUUCUUGUUUCUCAGCGAUUCAAAGACGCCAUUUGAAGGACGGUACCCUGAAAACUGUAAACACUAUUGCACUCUCAAAAAUGUGUCUUUUUGAUCCUGACCUGCUCAGUGUAGCAUUAUUGGCUUGACCAGUAUCUUGAAUCUGUUUGUUCGACCAAUGGAAGAUAAAGUAAAAGUUUAGGAAACCUGUUUGAAAACAGUUGAUAUUUUCUGCUGUUUGGCAAUGCUAGUCGUGCAGAAAUUACACACUUUAGCUAUAAACAUCAAAUAUGUUCGGACUGGUUUUGACUGUGUUGCAUUUUCUCUUUCACUGUGGAAAAAUGAAUAACUUAUGGUUAAAAAUGUCAUCUUGUGCCUGUUUAGAAGUUGGUGUCACACAGAUUUAUACAUGUUAAAAUAAGCUACAAAUAAAAUCUGUUACUAUUGCUUGCUGUUACGAUCGUAAGGUGCGAAUGCAGCAUCCUGAAACACUCAAUUCAAGGGUGAAUGAAUGUUUAGUUUGUAUUAAUAUGAAGCAGAUGGAAUAUGCAUGUCUGUUUAGCAUCAGCAUGGUGGUUGACAAUCUGUUAGCACCAGCUUCAAAGCAUAGCAUGUCUGUAGCUUCUUCGUUAUUUUAAGCUAGACUCUCAAACGACAGGGUUUAUAUGACAGGAUUGGCAACUUAUUGUAAGGAACAGUGUAAAAUUGUGUUCUUGAAUAGAGUUUUGAUACUUGUUUGAUUAUGUAUGUCCUGAUGUAAAUUUCGAGGCAGUGGCCAUGCACUUAUAUUCAGGCUGUCAAUAAGCUGACUGAUAUUGCCUUUCCUGUGGGUAUAUAAAUAAAAAAAUGUUAUAUAUAAAA